GCCGUCCUCGGCCCUUUGUUAACUCAAGGUUCACUGGCAUCUGAUCUACUUGCCGGGAAUGUGGACAGCUUGUCGUUGGGCGCUCGUCAUAUGCAUAUUAGCCUGGGCGGUGACCGUCUCUUCCGGGAAGGUCUUCACGACGGAGAAACUCAAAGCUGCCCAAGCUCCUGCCGUGGAGAGAUGGCAGGCCCAUCCUACCACCGAUGCACUGAAAAUCGAGCGCCUUCACCACACGAGUAGGUUACUCGAACGAGGGAGCGGUGGCAACAAUAUAACGUUCCAGAAUGCGAAUGCGUCAGCUUUCUAUGUCGACGGUACGACGAUCCCUGAGGUCACUUGGGACUUAGGUCCUAGCUGGAGUGGGCUUCUUCCCAUUAGCGGCGAUUCCAAUGAGACACGCAAGCUUUUCUUCUGGUUUUUCCCACCUGGACCGGAGGGCAGUUCAGACGACAUCAUCGUAUGGCUGAACGGGGGUCCUGGCGGUUCCUCACUGGAGGGUCUGCUACAAGAGAACGGCCCAUUCAGCUGGGCCUGGGGCCAAGCGAAACCCACCCAAAACGAAUACAGCUGGACGAACCUAUCUAGUGUUAUCUGGAUUGACCAACCAAUAGGAACCGGAUUCUCUCAAGGCGACAGCGAAGUUCACGACGAAGAAGAUGUCGCAGAACAGCUUGUGGGCUUUCUACAGCAGUUCCUAGGCGUUUUCUCCGAGCUUCAAGGAAAGAACCUUUACCUGACAGGAGAAAGUUAUGCGGGAAUGUAUAUUCCUUACACCGCCAACUACAUAUACGACCAUGUGGAGGCUCUCAGCCUAAAUUUAACUGGAAUCUGGCUAGGAUCUCCCGCGAUAACUAACGACGUGAUCGCAAACGAAGUACCGGCAGUGAAUUUUGUGCACAAAUACGAGAAUGUCUUCGGCUUCAACCAAUCCUUCUUAUCUGAGCUCGACAGCCGAGCCAGCUCUUGCAACUAUGCGGCCUACCUGGACAAAUACUUGACCUACCCUCCCCCGGACGGUUCGUUCGCCCUUCCUGGAAGCUCUAUCGAGUUCGACGAAGGGUGCGACCUAUGGUCGGACAUCGUGUCUGCCGCACUUGCCUUAAAUCCCGCAUUCAACGUUUACCGUAUCUUUGACAUGUACCCCGUACUCUGGGACGUCCUGGGCUUCCCUGGGACCUACCCAGCAGAACAGACCAGUCCAGUAUAUUUCAACCGAGACGACGUCAAGCAGGCCAUCCAUGCCCCAGUCGAGGUCGAUUGGUCCGAAGCCGCCGGGAACCCUUUCGUGGACUCGCUCGAUAAUAGCCAACCCUCGUCGUUCGGGGUUUUGGGAAGCGUCAUAGAGAAGAGCCAGCGAACUGUUAUAAUGCAUGGCUUGGCUGACUUCUGCCUUUUAGCUGAAGGGACGAUGAUCGCUCUGCAGAACAUGACUUGGAACGGCCUCCAAGGCUUCCAAUCCGCACCGGAAAACGACUCCUUCAUUCUCGACGGCGUCGGCGCCACGGGUACCGUCCAAUCUGAGCGUGGACUCACCUUUUACACCGUCGCGCUGACGGGGCAUAUGGCACCGCAAUUCAAUCCAAAGGCAGCAUACCAAUCUAUGCAAUACCUCAUGGGAUUCAGGAGCACGCCAUGACAGCUACGACAAACUAAUUCUAUAUUUCUUGGGAACAUGGGCCUCACGUCUUCUACGUACUAUCACGAAACUUUAUUAUAAAGGGAUUUCUUGCAUCAUCAGUGCAGCGCACACAGACACUUUUCACGUAACUUAUGGACCAGCAUCUCGACAUACUUAC